UUUGCUUAGUCUAAACCUGGGCAUCCUCCCAAACGAACGACAGAUGAGGAUCUAUACAUAUUCCCGUGGGACAAGUUUAUUAAUCAGGCGCGAACGAAUGCGUCCCAAACACGCAGGCUCGAGCUGGCGUGUGACACGAGCCAACGUCUUCGCUUGUUGCCCCUUUAAAAUCAGAAUUCAAGGCCAAUGAUUUAUCAAACUCCUAUUAUCAAGAAAAUGUCACGCGAAGGGCACCUUGCUAUGCACUGACGCAAACCCGAUCUUUCCCACAGAGAUAUAGAAAGCUUUGCACUUAGCAGAGCCAAAUUCAGUCUGCCGGCAGUCUUUACAGCAGUUUUUUUUCUGCCUUUGACUUGUAUAGCCUACCUGCACUCUUCACAAAUGGAUUUCUCCGAUCAAAAAGAUAUGUUGAGACAACCUGCGAACAGUCCCGCCGGUUUUGGCUCACCUCAUCAGCCGGAAGGGGCGGUUGGAGUUAUAACUAACAAGCCGGAGAAUGGUCUACCUUCCGAUACGCAUUCGGCACCACCGCCGGAUUCUGCUGGUACCGCGCCUCAGACGGAUGGUACAACCGUUCACGGGAAAGCUAUGUCCGACGCAAUGGCUAAUCAAGGUGCCAUGAGAAGCACAGUGGAGCAAAACAAUGCCACUGGCAAUUGGACAACUAUGAGCCAGACCACCAUCAUACUGGGCACAGAUGGCAAUACGUCUGUUCUGCCUGGCACUGUAUCCGGGGAGAAUGACGAUGAUGACGAAAGUGGAGAUGAGAAUAAGGUCAGAGGGAACUGGACUAAUAAAUUGGAUUUCAUCCUGUCCAUGGUUGGCUAUGCAGUGGGCUUGGGGAAUGUGUGGAGAUUUCCCUACCUUGCCUUCCAGAAUGGAGGAG